AUGGCUUCGAGCCCCGAAAUCUCCAUUCCUUCCACGAGCAUUUCCGCUACGCCGAAACCUUACACUAUAUACAACAUUUCAAUCCGUCUACCUCUCCGAUCACAGACAGUCGAAAAGCGAUACUCUGACUUCCUCAAGCUUCAUGAGUCACUUAUCAGCCAGGUCGAGAAACCCCCACCAGCACCGUUGCCUAAAAAAUCCUGGUUUUCAGGCACCACAUCGAACGCAAAGUUUCGGGAGGAACGCCGCAAGGGUUUAGAAGAAUACAUACAGGCUAUCAACGGCUCUGAAGACUCCCGGUGGCGCAACUCUACAGCGUGGCGGUCAUUUUUGAAUCUGCCUCCAAAUAAUGCGUCCGCACGAGCUUCCAACUUACACUCGGCCAUCGCUGGGCCUGGGGCAGCAGGAGCACCGAUUACUGACCCCACGACCUGGCUAGACUGCCAUCGAGAUGUUAAGACACAUUUACAUGAUGCAAGGCUACACUUGACUCGACGCGAUCAAUCUUCAACCCCCCAGAAACAACACGAAUGCUCCGCAUCAGCCAAAAGCAGUCUUGUGAGAACAGGCACUUUAUUGGGGGCCUUGGAAGAAGGGUUGAAGAAUAUUUCCGGGAAUUCCGCCUGGAGCGGCUUCAAACUUGGAGAAGGAGAAAUUCGCCGACGUAAAGACCUGCUUACCAGCGCUAGAAAAGAAAAAGAUGCGCUAGAGGACCUCCUAAAUUCCAUGGCUGCCAAGAACAAACUGGACUCUGCUGUGGCUUCCAUUCCAGAUAAACAGGCCCUUUUGGGUAUAGAUGCAGCUACAGGGAGUAGAAAAUCCGCAGUUAAGGGUGGUCGGGUACUGGGGAAAGAGACUAACCGCACGCGGGAGUUGGAUAACGAAGGUGUUCUACAACUGCAGAAACAAAUCAUAGGUGAACAGGACACUGGUGUUGAAGAGAUAAGGAAGAUAAUUGCACGGCAAAAGGAACUUGGAAUUGCGAUCAAUAAUGAACUUGAGCUCCAGCUUGAGCUUCUGAACGUUGUUGAUGAAGAUGCUGGAAAGCUCAAGAGUAAAAUCGAUAUUGCACAGAAGAGAACAAAGAAAAUAUCCUAA